AUGCUCCUACUAGCGGGGCUGACCACCAUACUCACCCCCACUCACACUGGCAUCACCAUCGUAUGCAUCACCACCAUAUGCAUCGCUACCCACACCACCCCCAUCCUGGCUCUCCGCACCCGGACCAUAUCGAAGGAAAUGAACCGCACGGCGACCACCACCCACCUCAUUUUAGAGGCCGCCGGCAUCAUGGAAGAGGACACCAUCAUCCCGGCGAGCAUGGACCCCAUUUUGGGCAUCAUCGGCACCGUCACCAUCAUCAUCACCAUAUGCAUCACCCGCCUCCCCCUCCCCCGUUCGAAGCAACGAGUUCGGAGCUACCUGGCCACGGCCCGCCUCCCUUCCCAUUCCCGCCUCGAGGUCAUCACCAUCACAUGCGAGGAGGACCAGGUGGAAUGCAUCAUUGGGCACACCACAUGCAUUUUGGACCCCAUGGCGGGCACGGGGGCCACUUUGGUAGGGGAAUGUCACACGAACGAAGAGGCUAUAAAAGACACAGGCAUUGCGAAGGUGGAGCUGAUUGUAAGAGUACGUCUGAAGAAGGGAGCAGCAGCGACGAAAUGA